AUGAAUCAAACCAAGUUUCUUUGUUUGAAAGCAUUCACAAUCGCAACUUGGACUGAUAUGAUGCUUUUCGACGCCCAGUACGACUUUCGCUUGGACGAGCAGGACUGGGAGAAGGUUUGUUGGGGCCGCCUGCCCAAGGCAGUCGCCCGCUCGCCGGGUCACCAGCUCUCACGCCGCGCUAAAUGGGCUGCCGUACUGCGGAGGGCGGCGGCGCCGGAGGGGGGUAGCUGGGCCGCGGACUUUCGGCCCGAGGACAUGACACCGCAGCGGCUGCAGGUUGUUAGGGCGGCCCUAGCUCAAGUAAUCGACCAGGAGUUCUUCCAAGGGACAUUUCACAAGGAGAUUGCCAGGCGGCGGCGGCAUUGCCUCGAUGGAGGCGACUCCCUUGCUGGUGGCGGUAGCGGUGGCGGUGGUGGUGCAGCGGCACAGCCGCCGUCGCCGCCGGUGGCGGAGGCAACCUCAUCUGUGGCUGCGCCUAGCGCCACUUAUCAGCACAGUUUAGGGCGUGUGACCUUUUGGCGGCAGGUAUGGGCCUCCUACUCGCCCUCUGUGGGCACACCCAUGCGACUGGACGGCGUGGCGUGCACGUCAAGGGGGCUUAGGCCCCAAAUCCUAAAACCCCAAGACGGCGCUUAA